AUGCUACUUUUGUGGUUUUUACUACUUGUGAUAGGUAUCGAAUGCGCCAUUGUUUACCGCACUCGAUGGCCAAAAUAUAUGCAGAAAAAGCAUUAUAAUCCACCAAUAAAGCCACUGGAUUACUGCAAUGGAAACCUUUGUCCGGGGAAUCUAAAACAUAUUACCUGUGGCGUACGAUUUUGGGGUCCCAAGUGCGGCAAAAGCCACACGGGCAUAAUGUUGACCAACCAGCGGAACGAAAUUUUGAGAGCCUUGAACGAUUUUCGAAAAAAAGUUGUGCGAGGGGAAGUUUUCAAUCUGCCCAAGGCAGAACAAUUGCCGGAUAUUUCCUGGGACGAGGAGCUAUCAGUGAUUGCGAUGAGGGUCUCCAAUCAGUGCUCCGACCAUUCCAUCUCACCUUGUGUAAACACCUUUCGCUAUAAAAACGUGGGCGAGUCCUCGGAUUUUGUACUACUGAGCGAAAGUUCUAAGGAAUUUAGCGCACUCAAGUUCUUUUUGAUGUGGUUCAAAUACCACAACGAUUUCCCGGAAGACUACGUGUCAAGCUUUCCAAAAUUAGCCCAGAGUGACCACCUCACUGUGUUCGCCAACUUGAUCUACGAGAAGAACCGGAAGAUGGGCUGCGGAAUGCUCAAGUCCGGGAGGAAGUACUUCCUUACCUGCCUCUUUAACAAAAAAAUUCAGCCUGACACGCCAGUCUACAAGACUAACAAUACAUAUUUAAUGCGAAGUAAAAAGAUUCGGAACAAAGCAAUUUUUAAAACCGUAAAAAAGAAUGUAUCAGUGUUAAAAAAAUAGAAAAAUAGAACAUAAAAUUACCGAAUCCCAAAUUUCUAAUUGCAUAAUUAAUCUUAAUAUAAAAGCAUUGUAAACACAAUUCAUAUUAGAUUGCAUCAUUUGAUAUUAAAAUAUUUGUAUUUAAAAGAAAAAUAUUGAAGCCAAAAAAUGUCCUGAUAUAAAUCAAUUA